AUGGCUCUUGUCACGGAACACAGUCGCCAUGGCAACAACCCCUUCAGAAUCCUCAGCGGCUGGUGUCGUCAUGGUGACGUCGAGCAGAAUGUGCUGGCCCUGAACGUGCUGUUGCUAGGCGACAGGCAGAGUGGGAGGAGCUCCGUGGGGAAUGCUCUGAUUGGUGGAGAGGAAUUCCAAACAGGUACCUGCAUUUCUGGCACUUCCAUGACGACGGAGCACCGGCUCCGAAGCCGAAAUUUCCAGAGGUAUUUCAGGAGACAGGGGGCGGAGUCUGACCUAGUGUUGAGAGUGGUUGACACGCCCCCUCCAAUGCCCCGCCCAAAGAGCGUGCACGAGCUCUGCCCUGAGGGCGUGCACGUACUUGUGCUCGUUGUGAGAGCUGACCUGCCGCACAACAACACACACCUGGUGGAGCAGGUGGAGACUCUUUUCGGCCCAGAAUGGCGUUGUCACGCUUUACUCGUUCUCACACACGCUGAUCACCUGAAGGAGGCGGGGCUUCAGCCGGCAGGUUACCUAUCACAGACCAGUGAUUGGCUGAGAGCUCUGGCUGAAGGGGUGGAAGGAGGAGUCUUGUUCUUGGAGAACAGCUGUGACUGGCCGUCAAUCAGAGGACGACCAUUAAGAGACCGACUGCUCCGCCUCUCAGCCCGGAACCAUCACAGAGCUCUGACAGUCAGGACGGAGGUCUCACUCUGA